AUGACGAUCACCACCCGCAUCCGUGGCGAGCUGUUCGUGACCCAGGCGCAGUCCUCAAGCGACGAGCACCACCAGAGCUCGGACGACGCAUCACCGGCCAGCCCGCAGCUCAUCCGCUUGCCACUCACGCGGCCGCCCGACGGCCCUGCCAGCGCCAAAAAGCCCAAGAAGAAGGCCAAGCGCGCGCUCAAGCAGCCGACCAAGGUCAAGGCCGAAUCGAAGACAUCACUGCUACUGGAAGAUCGCCAGACGUCGCACCGCCACGGACUGCCGUGGACCACUGAGGAGCAUGACCGGUUCCUGCAGGGCCUGGAGCGCUACCCGACCGGCCCCUGGAAGGCUGUCGCGGCCUUCGUCGGCACGCGCACGCCGCGCCAGACCAUGACCCACGCACAGAAAUACCGCCAGAAGAUCCAGCGCCGCCGCCGCGGACUGCUGACGUCGUCGCGGCAACCGGUGCCCCAGACCUCCGCCGCGUACUGCGGGUUGGUCAUCACCACCAGCGCCGAGGACUACGAGCAGACACCACGCGUCAGCAGCAGCAGUAGCAGCAAGUCCCCCACUGCGGUGGAUGUGGUGGGCGACGAGCGGAUGGCGCCGCUCGAGCCCAACUGGUUCGACAAAGUGCAGGUGGGCGAGCUGGACGCCGCCUUCCGCGCUUUCCUCGAGGUCUACGACCCCACGCUCUUCCCCAUGGAGGACGACGCGCAACCGUCCGUGGCCAACACGUUCACUGGCGACACGGACUGCAACGUCUCCACGUCGACUGUGAACCGGCUGCUGAAGGCCCGACGCGCGGAGGUGGCGACUGUGGCGGUCGCCGCCAAGCCCACAACCGUGUUCGACAACCAGGACGUGACGGCGCCCUACACUCAGUACGUCUUCAAGCUGCGCAGCGCCAACGCGUCCAAGGAAGAGUGGAGGUUUAGGAAGCGCUACUCGGACUUCUACGCGCUGCACCAGAAGCUCAAACGCGGUAAAAAGCAGUGGCAACAAAGUUGCUUGAAGCAGGGCGAGGCCUUUGAGACGGUCGCCAAGUUGCUGCAACAGGCAGCGGGACCCGAAUUCCCGAGGAAACACGUCCGUUGUGACACAAGCGCCAUCAUCCACGAGAGACGGCGACAGCUCAUGGACUACCUACGCACGCUGUUAGCUGUGUACACGGACCUGGAGGUGCUGCUCGGAGCCCCGGGCAGCUUGAAAGGCAACUUUGUCGAUGACGUCGUGUGUCUCAACACGGUGUUGGUGGAGAUCCAGCGGUUCCUGGAGAUCCCGCCCAAGCGGAAGGAGGUCGAGGCCAAGUUGACACGGGCAGUGAUGGUUCUGCAAGACGUGACGGCGACUCCAGAGGGAGGAGGCGGGUCACUUCAGUGCUGCAUUUGCCUCGGCAACAGCAACCCUGCCGAUAAAGAAGGAGACGGCAAGGAGAUGGCGCAGUUGCCGUGCGCCCACGUGUUCCAUGAGGACUGCAUUAUCCACUGGCUCCACGUCCAACAGGAGUUCCUCGACGACGAAAGCAAGAGCCUCAUCUGCAUCCCAUGUUCCUCGACCAGCACGCACAGCUCGCCGAUGGCGAGUGCUGCGUUGCAACCGCGUGAGCCACCGGCAGCCAUCGGUCUUCAUGUUCCGCUACCGUCGCUGCUUCAGAUGCCAUUGCCGUUGCCAACGCCAUCCGCCAGUCCGACGCGUACUGCCGAGUCCACGAAGGGCGAGCGCUGGACCGAGGACGAGCACGAGCGGUUCCUGCUCGGCAUGGAGAUGUUUAAAGCCGGGCCCUGGAAGAAGAUCGCCGGUGUUGUCGGUACGCGCGACGCGCGGCAGACCAUGAGUCAUGCGCAGAAAUACCGACAGAAGAUCAAGCGCAGCAAGUUGGGGCUGCCGACACCCGAGCACGCGCGGCGUGUUGACCACGGCGUUGUCGCUACCUCCUCCACCACCAAAAGGAUACGAACGAUGGUGUCCACUGACGUCGCGCCAACAGGUGAAUCUCGCGCGCGGAGUGGAAGGUCUCGACAUGUAUCACUCGGUGACCAGUUGCCACGGGAAGCACUGGAUGCGCGCGAGCGCGUGACCGAAGAGCUUGCCACUGGUCUUAUUCCUGCGGAGACCAUGCACGCGACCAGCACUGCCGCCGAUAAUGUGGGCAGCAGCGAACGCACAUCCGACAACGUACAUGUAGUGGUCGGAGCAGCCAUCGGACGCGCAGAAUCUCCGAGCCAAGCGCCGUCAUUAGACGCGGCGCUGGAGCCGCUCGACGCCAAUGUUUUGGUGGUGCAGGACAGCUGGCUCGGGCCAGACGAGUUGUGGGCGUUUCUCGAUGGCCGCCCUGCGUCGGAGCUUGAUGUGGCCGGCGCGUGCAGCAGCAGCUAA